AUGGUCGUGAUCAUAGCGCUUGAGAGGCAACAUGCCAUUGCCAACCCGCUUGCAAUUCCUCUUUCUGUCACGAAGAUCUGCGCCGCUUCAUGGAUCUGCGCGGUGCUCUUCUCUGUAUUUAGGGAGACCAAGUUAAACUCCGGUACCCAGUGCCUCGGUAUUUUUGACAAUCUACCGAAAUGGCACUUUCAAAUGUACAUAAUCUAUGGAGCCAUGAUUGUCUUUUUUGUUCCGUUUUGCAUCUUAUGCUUUGCCUACGCCAGAAUUCUGUGCAUUAUUUGGAAGAAAGAAAAGAAACCCAAACGUGAAAAGGUCGUAUCAAACAGCACCACAACCGGCACCCAGUUCCAUCUAAAUCCUACCAACAGUUCCCUACCUAAAGCCAAAGUCAAAACCUUGAAGAUGACGCUGAUGAUCAUCUUGCUGUUUAUCAUCUGUUGUUUGCCCUACUUCGUGGUUGAGAUGAAGUUUGCAUUUGGAAACGUUUCUGCGCUGGACGAAGAUAUCACUGCAGUACUCGGGAUAUUUGUAGUAUCCAACAGCGCAGCUAACCCCAUCAUAUACCUGUUUUUCAAUUCAAAGAACAGUGUUAAAGUUGUCUGUACCUGCGGUACAGAAAAACAAAAGGAAGGAGGCAGCAGGAGAGCAAGAUCUUUUAGUUUAAUGCAGAAAAACUCAGGACAGUCCAUCGCUUUCAUUGAAGACGACCCCAUUUCAAAGACAGAAUGCAGCUAG